AUGACCAUUCCUCUUUCAAGGUAGGCUGAAUUGUAAGGCUGCAGGAUUGCAGGUGCAUUUUAAAUGCCUAUAUAAUAACUUCAUUAAUUGAACAUACUGUUAAAGAGCUGGUACUUGAAAAUUGUAUCUAUAGAAAUAAUUUGGACAAAUAUAAAUCUUCUGCCUUCCUUAAAAUUACUUUUGACUGUGUGAUUAUAAUAUGUUAAUGUGAAUUGUAUGUACUAAUGUGGAGAUAUUUUCAAGCCUAGAAACCCAAAUAAGACUUUCUUUAGAGAAAGUUUUGAUAGUUCCUUAAUGUGAAUAUAUACGAAUCAUUUUGUAUAAAACAUUUAAUGGUAUUUGUAGAUAUUCAAUGUUUAAUGAUUGAUUUUACUCAUGAAGCAAUUUUUAUGUUUUACUGAUUUAUUUUACAUAAUUUUCCAAUUUUUGAUUUUUUGUGUACGUUGUAGAGUUUACAGUAUCCCAGACAAUAUACACGUAUUUUUACUCAGUUUUCAAUGAAAGGAAGGUGUUUUGAAUGGCUUAUGGUUUUGACUGUAUUGCAAAGCACUUUUGUUAUUUCCUCAUGGUAACAGUUAAAGUAAUAUUCUCUGCCUAUUGUCUGCAAUAUGGUAAAUAUUUUGGCACUGUGACUUAAGCACAGUCCUGCAAAUUGCUCAUUUGCAGUGGGACUGGAACAAGUUAAUUUCCAGAUUAAAAUGUGGUCAUGGUAGCAGAUUUAUGAGUAUUAGCCUAAUUUUCUAAAUGAAAACUCAAAUCAUUCAAUUUUUGUGUUUUUAACUAUAACAUUUGUAUGACAUGGGCUCAGUUUGCCGUUUCUUUCCUGUAAAUAUGAUCAUAAACAAGCUUGAGUUUAAAUCUAAACCUUUAAUAUUCUUCCACUGAAACAAUUAUUUAGCUAUAGUUAGCCUUUAAAUUCUGAACAGUGUAUUGAAGACCUAGCUAUACCCUACCUACUUUUGGUCUUUGAUGAUUUUUCACAUUUGAAUAGCUAAAAGAUGCAUUAGUUUUCAGUUGGCAUAGCUAAUACAGCAGAGAUUCCUCUGCAAAUAAGUCAUCUGUUUUUCUCCAGAGACACUAGAGAUUUAUUCAUCGAAUACAAUUGCUUCUAUGACAAGCAUCAUUAUCAUAUGAACUUCUGUAGCCUGAUCAAGCUUGCUUUUGAAAUCAGUAGGUUCUUAUCAUUCUGCCACUUCCCCCCCGCCUAACAUACACCACCCUUUAGUACUGGAAAUCUCUUCCAGAAUUUUAUCUGCUUCUUUGAAAGCAUUGGCUAAAUUCUCAUAUGUACUGUUUGCCCAAAUUAUCCUUUAUACAGUUGCCCCCAACACACAGACAUUCAGCCUGAAGUAUUUAUCAAGUUUCUUCCCAAGCAUUCUUUCACAAAAUAGGCAGGGCAAGGUCUUUUGCCUCUGUAGGGGAAGUGACAAAAAUCUAAAAGGAACGCAGUGGGAAUAAGAGUACCUACUUGUUUUAGACAGUUUUUAGUUGUUGUUGUUGUUGUUGUUUUGUACAUGGAAAUUUAUGAUUAUAUGCAUAUUAACUUCCAAUAUUUAUGCUAAAAAUGAGCUACCUAUAGUCUAAUAUAAAGGAAAUUUUAAAAAUCAACACAUAAAAGCAACACCGUAACCAUAUUUUAACGUAGUUUAAAUGCAUCUUUAUGCAUUUUUAAUGUGCACACAUAAGACUACCCCUUUAGUUUUAGUACUGCUUAUGUAAAUGAUAUUUACAGAUUAUUGACAAAGAAACACAAAUUGUAUUGUCUAAUGAAAGAAUUAAGCUAAACUUGCAAACUCAUAUUUAUGGAAGACGAUGGAACAAAAUAUGUGCAUAUGCAGUACCUGACAUUAAGGGCUAAGUUUCUAGACCGGUUGACACCAAGGAAGAAUGAAUGUCCUGUGUUUCCAUCACUUUUCAAAAGGAAAAAUACAUGUGCCAAAUAUUUGACUGUGGUUGACUGCAGAUGCUAGAAAAGGUGGGUGAUACUACAGCAUAUAGGUGCAAUUGGCAUUGUAUGAAGUUUUGCAUAACUGAUUGCGCCUGGUACAGUUUCUGUCUGUAUCUAUCUUAGGUAUUUACAAGGCAUCUGUCACCUUGGUACCUAAGCAGUUUGAAAAAUGCACCCACCCCAGGAGGCAUGAUGCAGAUACAGGCAGAGGCCCAGGUCCAGAGCAGCAGAGGCAGGUCCCAGGAAGCUCCCCAACUGUGGUACCGCUGUUGUUGAGCUCCUGGCCCACUUGUUGUGGCCAAGGAACAUCUCCACCUACCUGUCAGCAGGAAGACGGUACCCCACCCCUCACGUCCAGCUCUUCUGGUGGGGAAUCUGAAAAGGAAAUAUAAUGGAAAAGGCAACGGUCCAGUAGCAGAGGUGAAACAGAAAUGGUGGGAUUUCAAAAGGAGGGAUUCUUAAAGAACAGCACAUCUCAGGGGAGGGAUCAACUGCCAGUCCAAGUGGCAGAUGUCACUGGGGAACAAGAUGGGGAGGUUCCUGGAUCCUCGGGGCAAGCUGGCCGUCACCGAGGGAGCUCACCGUCCACGCCGGCCGAAGAACAGGAAUCCUCGGUGCCUGCCUCUGAUGAAGACUCACCGGCCAGGACCACAGAGAGCUGGCAGUGGCCGUUGUCCUCAUCUGAAACGCACAGCAACGUUGGGGAAGAUUUUGAGGGAUUUCAAACACCAGCGCGGACUCCAGAGUGUACCAUGGACAUACAGUCUCCCGGGGAUCAGUCACUCAGUAGGACUCCUCAGUUUGAAAGUGACUCUCCUGAGGAGGAGGGCAAUGAUGAAAUGAAUGAAGAGCACCGCGGUGUUGAGCCUGUCCCUAGGGAUCGGGGUUGGAGAGGGCAGCCCCAGCUAACAGAGGGAGAGAAGCUGUUGAUGGAAACCAACAGUAGGAUUGUGCAGCUGCUGGAAAAUAUCAAGAGGGAGCAUGCACAGUCCAUGGGUCUCAUGUCACAGUCCAUGGGCCGCAUGGAGCUGCAGCUGGGCAUUGUGGCUACCUCCACAAGAGCCAUCCAUAACUACCUGUCAGAGAUUUUAGCUUUCCUCAAGCAGCCAAGGACACAGGUCCUUGAAACACGCAUCUCCCAAAGAGCCACCCCCCACGUCGAGUUAACCUGUGCCUCGACAUGGACUGGUGAGGACGCAGUGGCAGCCUCCACUGUGUGCUUACCAGGGGCUGAAGGGACGAGCGACUCUCGAGAACCACCGCAGGCCACUCUGCCUUGUCGCAGUGGCCGGCUGCAGAGAGCCAUAACCGAGAGGGCCUCAUUGCCCAUGCCUACACGCCAGGCAAAAGGGGGAGGGAAGAAAAAAUAACCACACCAUAGGAUUUUUAGGGUUUUUUUUAAUGUGCCUGUCCUUUUAAUUCUUAGCCAUAAGGCCAUCAGUGGCAGAAUUCAACCAUUUCCUACAUUGGCUAACAUUGUAUUCUGGCUGACUAGAUUAGUCUAACAUUUUGUAGUUUAUAUUUGCACUGUUAACAAUGUGUGCUGCUGGUAUUUUAAGAACAUUUGCCUCUGUUCUUUCACUUUAACUUCAUACAAGCAUUUUUUUACUCUGUGCCAGGCAUUCAUUGCUUUUCUUACAAAUACAAGUCAUUUCUUGAGGCA